AUGGUUGCCGCUGGUCUCAUCCUCGCUUCUCUCGCUGCGAUCGCGCUAGGCAAGCCCGUCAAGCUCAAUGGUGGCAUGCGCGUGCUCGGCCGCAGGGACAGCCCGCCUGCGGGCUAUUCGUGGACGAACGCGGCCGCGAACGAGACGAUGCUCUCGCUCAAGUUCGCGCUUGCGCAGAGCGACCCGUCCGGCCUCGAGGACGCGCUCUACGACGUCAGCGACCCCACGAGCGCGAACUACGGAAAUCAUCUCACGAAGGAGGAGGCGAGCCGUUAUUUUCUCGUCGCAGCGGCGUUCGUCGCGCCGUCCAACGAGACGGUCGCUGCCAUCAACAAGUGGCUCGCGAACAACAACCUGACGGCCAACACUGUCACGCCCGCCGGCGACUGGAUGGCCGUCAACAUGUCCGUCGCGCAAGCCAACGACCUCUUCGACGCUAGCUUCUCCGUGUUCACCCACGAGACGACGGGGAACCAAGCCAUCCGGACCAUGGCCUACUCGGUUCCCGAGACACUCGUCAACCAUCUCAAGGUCGUCUACCCGACCAUCACGUUCCCGAGCAACAAGGCACUCAUGCCGAUCUUCAGCAAGCCAGAGCCGCUCUCGAAGCGCCACCACAAGAACAAGGGCACCGGCGGCGGCAACAGCGCGAAGAAGGGUAAGGGCAAGGGUACCGGCGGCGGCGCGUCCAACUCCACGGGCACUGGCGGUGGCGCGGCUAACACCACGGGCGCGGGCGGCGCUGCGGUCGCCGCGUCGUGCAACACGGUCGUCACCCCGACGUGCCUGCAGGACCUCUACGGCAUCCCGGCGACGCCUGCGACGAACCAGAAGAACCAACUCGGCGUGAGUGGGUUCAUCGAGCAGUUUGCGAACGAGGCCGACCUGCAGCUGUUCAUGGCGAACCUCCGCAAGGACGUCACGAGCAACACGACGUUCGCGCUGCAAACCCUCGACGGCGGCCAGAACUCGCAGACCGCCGCGCAGGCCGGCACGGAAGCCAACCUGGACAUCCAGUACACCGUCGGUGUCGCGACGGACGUCCCGGUCACGUUCAUCUCCGUCGGCGAGCAGAACAGCGACGGCGACCUCGGCGGGUUCCUCGACAUCGUCAACUUCCUGCUCAACGAGGACGCCCCGCCGUCCGUGCUCACGACGAGCUACGGCAACAACGAGGAGGAUAUUCCCGUCGCCAUGGCUGAAAAUCUUUGCAACGCGUACGCACAGCUUGGUGCUCGCGGCGUGUCGAUCCUCUUCGCGUCAGGCGAUGGUGGUGUGGCCGGCUCGCAGGCGCAGCAGUGCAGCGAUUUCGUGCCGACCUUCCCGUCUGGCUGUCCCUACCUGACCUCCGUCGGCGCGACGCAAGGCAUCAGCCCCGAGACCGCCGCGGAUUUCUCCUCCGGCGGCUUCUCCAACGUCUUCAGCAUGCCCUCGUACCAGGCGAACGCGGUCGCAACGUACCUCAAGACGCUCGGCACCACGAACAAGGGCCUGUUCAACAGCUCGGGGCGCGCGUACCCCGACGUGUCCACGCAGGGCGUCCAGUUCGAGGUCGUCGUCGACGGUCAAGCGGGCGGCGUCGACGGCACGAGCUGCUCAAGCCCCGUCUUCGCUAGCGUCGUCUCGCUCCUCAACGACGAGCUCACGACCGCCGGCAAGAGCCCCCUCGGCUUCUUGAACAUGUGGCUCUAUGGGAACGCGACUACUGCGUUGAAUGACGUUACGACGGGCUCGAACCCUGGCUGUAAUACGCAGGGGUUCCCCGCGGUGACUGGUUGGGACCCGGUCACCGGUCUGGGGACGCCGAACUUUGCCGCGCUCCGGACGGCUGCGGGCCUCUGAGCGCGUGCGCACAAACGUGUGUGAUGUUGACUGGAACGCGAACCAGAUCGUUUCUUCUCUUGCUCUGCUGGGAUUGGGAGAUCGCUGUCUUUUGUUGCUGCUGCUGUCUUGUAGUACUGCUGGCACGUCGUUGUAUUGUUUUGCGAAUGCGCAUGUUUUGGUGGGAAUGUGA